AUGUCUGAGCUGCGAUACUGGGGAAAUCCACAACUUGAGCACUUGCAUGCACGGUACACCGGCACGAUUCAUCCAGAUACAACGAAACAUGAGUGGGCGACCCACCAACACCGAGACACAGCUGCGGCCAUCGUGGCAAAUGGUGCGCUUCUCACGUACAAUUCGAUCGCUGAUGGCGAGUCGCGUGCGCGGACCAAGUUCCGUGUGUGUGAGCGAAUGAUCCAACCGUGUGGUCCACCACCCAAGCAGCAGGAGAUGAUCUAA